AGCCCACGUCAUUCAUGCGCAGGCGCAGACGUAUCUCUCCUGAGAGCUGAGGUGGACUUCUUCCCUUUCUGAAGUGUGAAAGCAGUAGUACAGUCCGGCAGCUGGACCUCAGAAACUAGUGAACCUCGCUGACCACCUUACAGACUCACAAUGAUCCGGAUAGUCGCUUUCCUCGCUCUGCUCGUGGCCGCCUGCUCGGGGGAGAGCUGCACAGACCCAGCGAUCACUCCGUCGGCCUACACCACGUCGGACGCCGUCAUCUCCUCUGAGUCUGUUUUCAUCGUUGAACUCAGCCUAGCCUGCGCUAACGGGGCACAGAGUGUGACUCUGUAUGCUGAUGUCAAUGGAAGACAGUUCCCUGUGACCAGAGGCCAGGAUGUUGGAAAGUACCAGGUAUCCUGGAGUCUUCCUCACAAACAGGCCAGCUCUGGAACAUAUCAGGUCAAGUUCUUUGAUGAGGAGUCCUACAGUGCCCUGCGCAAGGCCCAGAGAAACAAUGAAGACGUUAAUGCUAUUGAGCCUCUCUUCUCUGUCAACAUUGAUCAUAGGGGUGCAUGGAACGGCCCAUGGGUGUCCACUGAAGUGGUCGCUGCCCUCAUUGGAAUCCUGUUCUACUACAUGGCCUUCAGUGCAAAGAGCACCAUCCAGGCAUAAAAGAUUCACAGUCACAUUUUCACCACUGGAUCAUUAAAGACUGAAUUCUGGUGGCACUCAACCAGCGAGCCGUAAUCCACUGAUUUGACACGACUCGCUUUGGAUGGAGGAGCAGGAGCUGCAGUCUUUUUAUUUUCCUUUUUAUUCAGACUGUUUGGGAUCACUCUUCCUUUGACAGAUGAAUUUCUACAUGGGUUGGGCUCGUCAGUAUGGAUGGAGUUUUGUAAUUUUUUUAAAAUAAACAAUAAACCUGGACAACUUAAGAACAAACUAAAUUAAAUCAUGUGUUCAGCCAGACUUGGUCCCUUUGUGUGGACACUGGUCUGAGUGGAACUUGUACAGAUGUGCAGAACACAAACAGAGCAAGAUCAUGACCUCAAUGUAAAUGAAAUGUCAAUAAUGUGACUACACAGGCUGGCCUGAACAGGCCUGGCGUGUUUGUCUCUUCCAGUAAAUUGAAUAAAUGGCUUGUUUUUCCCCUCCAGA